ACAUAAGAGUUGGCGGUGUUGUUGAAACCGUAUCGAUACAUGCAUUUGGAUUGUAUUAACUGAAUAGUAGAAUAUUUUACUUUAUAAGAAUAGAUUUAUACUUAUCAACUAAAGUGUUUAUCUGCUCAAGAGAGGUUAUCUUUCAAUGUUUGUUGUCAAGGAAGCAAUCACUAUCAACUCUCGCGAGAGUUAUUCACACAUUCGAGUGAGUGCCAAGGACCUGUUUUCUGAAGACUACUUUCAAAUUAGCAACCACAAUGAGAUUAAAAACAUCACUACUGAAGGAACCAAAACAUAAAGAGCUUGUAAGCUGCCUGGGCUGGACCACAGCAGAUGAGCUCUACUCCUGCAGUGAGGACCACCAUAUUCUGAGAUGGAACCUGCUGACCAACGAAACCAAUCUGGUAGUGAAGCUGCAAGAGGACCUCUUCCCCAUCGAUCUUCACUGGUUGCCCAAGACUGUGGGAGGGAAGAAGCAGGCGCAGGCAGAGAUCUUUGUGCUUACCAGCACUGAUGGUAAGUUUCACCUGGUUUCUAGAGUGGGUCGCAUUGAGAAGACUGUGGACGCCCACAAAGGUGCUGUAUUAGCUGGGAGAUGGAACUACGAUGGGACAGCUCUCAUCACAGCUGGAGAGGAUGGGCAGAUCAAGAUUUGGUCUAAGAGUGGCAUGCUGCGGUCCACCUUGGCCCAGCAAGGUUCUCCCGUGUACUCUGUGGCUUGGGGCCCAGACUCUGAUAGGAUCCUAUAUACAUCAGGCAGACAGCUGAUCAUCAAGCCCCUUCAACCAAGCUCCAAAGUCCUACAGUGGAAGGCCCACGAUGGGAUAAUUGUGAAGGUGGACUGGAACCCUGUGAAUGACCUGAUACUCUCUGCUGGAGAAGACUGUAAAUACAAGGUGUGGGACAGCUAUGGUCGUCUCCUUUACACGUCCUCGUCACAUGACUACCCAGUAACAUCAAUCAGUUGGUCCCCAGACGGGGAGGUGUUUGCAGUGGGCUCCUUCAAUACCCUACGCCUCUGUGACAAGACAGGGUGGUCAUAUGCCUUGGAGAAGCCUAACACGGGCAGUGUGUUCAGCCUGGCUUGGUCAGCAGACGGCACGCAGCUAGCAGGGGCUUGUGGGAACGGACACGUUAUCUUCGCUCACGUGGUGGAACAGCGCUGGGAGUGGAGGAGCUUUGAGAUCACUCUAACCAAAAGGAGAACCAUGCAGGUGCGGAACGUGGUCAAUGAUGCUGUGGAUAUUUUGGAGUUCAGAGAUCGAGUCAUCAAAGCUUCUCUGGCCCAUGGUCACCUGGUUGUAACCACCUCUCUCCAGUGCUACGUGUAUAGUGCUAAGAACUGGAAUACCCCUCUCAUCUUUGACCUGAAGGAGGGGACCGUCAGCCUCAUUGUACAGGCUGAAAAACACUUCCUACUGGUGGACGGGGCAGGGUUGUAUGUGUUCUCCUACGAGGGCCGGCUCAUCUCCACUCCCAGAUUCCCCGGAAUGAGAACAGACAUCCUCAACACCCAGUCGGUCUCCCUUAGCAACGACAGCAUUGCCAUCCGGGACAAGAGCGAUGAGAAGGUAAUUUUUCUGUUUGAUGCCCUGACGGGGAAAGCCCUGGGUGAUGGGAAGCCACUGACUCACAAGAUGGAGGUGGUGGAGAUUGCUCUGGACCAGUGUGGCCCAUCCAGUGAGAGGAAGAUUGCAGUCAUAGAUAAGAACCGUGACCUGUACCUGACAUCUCUCCGACGCCUCAACAAAGAACACAAUGUCUGCAAGAUAGGUACUAUGGUCCACACUAUGGCAUGGAACGACUCUGCUAACAUCCUGUGUGGAAUUCAGGACACACAGUUCACCGUUUGGCACUAUCCCAGUGCCGUCUUCACUGACAAGGACCUGCUGCCAAAAACAAUCUACAUGAAGGAUGCCAGUGAGUUCAGUCGUGCGCCCCACAUUUUGAACUAUGUUGGGACCAAGGUGACAGUGCGUCGCGGUGAUGGCUCAUUGGUGUACAGCAGCGUUUCUCCCUACUCCACCCUUCUGCACGAGUACAGCGCCUCCUCUCGUUGGGAAGAUGCACUGCGCCUCUGCCGCUUUGCCAAGGACCUGUCGCUGUGGGCGUGUCUUGCUGGCAUGGCAAUGUCCAAUAGGGAGUUGACAACCGCUGAAGUUGCCUACGCUGCCAUUGGAGAGGUGGAUAAGGUGCAAUAUAUUAACUCUAUCAAGGAGCUGCCAUCUAAAGAAUCGUCAUUGGCCCACAUCUUAAUGUUCAGUGGUCAUGUCCAGGAGGCGGAGGCUACUCUGCUACAGGCUGGCCUGAUCUACCAAGCCAUACAGAUCCACAUCAACCUGUACAACUGGGACAGGGCGUUGGAGCUGGCAGUAAAACAUAAAACCCAUGUGGACACAGUACUGGCCUACAGACAGAAGUUCCUCCUGGACUUUGGCAAGAAAGAGACCAACAAGAGGUUUUUGCAGUACGAUGAAGGGGUAGAGGUGGACUGGGAGAAGAUCCAGGCAAAGGUAGAGAUGGAGCUGGCUAAGGAGAGAGAAAAGGCUGCCACCGCCUCCGUCAAGAACAGCGUGGCCUUCAGACACUGACCAUGUCCAACAAUCUAAUGUACAUAAACUUUCAGAACAGUCAUUUAUCAAAUACAGCCCUGGAACAAAUGAAGAGACCACUGCACCUUUUUCUUUCCUUUCCAAAAACGUUGAAAAGGACAGUUUUGAGUGAGGUCGAGAA